CCGUUAGUGACGCUGACAUCAGUUCCAGGAGGCGUGUGUGCUGCUCUGCGGGGCCGUUUCCCUCUUUAACUCAGACUAUAACGACAUUCACAGUACAAACAUAACCUAACCGACGGUGGUUCAAUUAACAGCGAUGGCUGAAAGCGACAACAAAAGCGCAAAUAUGCUAGCUCAGGAAACGGCCCAGCUGGAGGAGCAGCUGCAGGGCUGGGGUGAAGUGAUCCUGGCCGGAGAUCGCGUCGUGCGCUGGGAGAAGCCUUGGUUCCCUGGAGCCCUAAUGGCUGCCACCACUGUGCUCUUCAUGCUGAUUUACUACCUGGACCCAUCAGUGCUGACUGGGCUCUCCUGCGCUGUCAUGCUGCUCUGCUUAGCAGACUACCUGGUGCCCACCCUCGCACCCAGAGUCUUCGGCGCCAAUAAGUGGACCACAGAGCAGCAGCAGCGUUUCCACGAGAUCUGCGGUAACCUGGUGAAGACCCAGCGUCGGAUGGUGGGCUGGUGGAAGCGUCUCUGCGCCCUCAAGGAGGAGAAGCCCAAAAUGUACUUUGCCUCCGUGAUCAGCAGCUUGCUGGCAGUGGCCUGGAUCGGACAGCAGGUGCACAACCUGUUCCUCACCUACCUGAUUGUGAGCUUCCUGCUGCUGCUGCCGGGCCUGAACCAGCACGGCGUCAUCACUAAGUACGCAUCCAUGGCCAAGAGGGAGAUCAACAAACUGCUCAAACAGAAGGAGAAGAAGAACGAGUAGAUGGAAGUGUGGAAGGGAAUCCCUUAAAAGAAGAACCACGACACAAAAUGGAAGGUGGAAGGAAGUUGUUUUGAAUAAAAGCAAGUGGAGAGCAAAAAAGAGCCUCCUGCUUCCUCGGUCUCUGCUGCAGAGCAAGACACACUUUUUUUUUUUUUUUUUUUCCACACAUUGGAUAAGUUUCAUUUCUCUCUCUCUCCCACCCUUUGAUAUUUAAACCUCAUCGCCCACUUAUUUUCUUUUGAGUUUGUCUGCCAUGCAUGCAGCCACUACAUGAAGGUUAUCUGAUAUUGUCACAUGUUCAUAAACAGCACUGAAAUACUCAACAACACACACACACACGUACACACAGCUGAAACCUCCAUUCUGUUUCUUAGUAAAGUGUGCUUCAUUUUAAGAUGUCGGUAAUGCUUUUAAGCCAUUCCCUCUACUUAGACAAAGUGACUACUGAGCAGUUUUGUAGCAUUACUGCAUCAUUUUAACCCUCAUAGAUUCCUCACAUUAUUAUUAUUUUUUUUCAAGACAGUUUUUGUCUCAUAAGGACAGGUCAUGUAAAUUUUACCUCCUUUUGCUUAUUCUGCUUUGGUUGUAUUUAAAAAAUAACGCUGAAACAAAACUGGAUCUAAAGCUGAGCUCAUCAGGAGUAAAACUGUUUCUAGAUACUGCUGUACCGCUGCUAGCUGGACUCUGGUCUAUUAGCUCUUCUAUCAAACCCCACAGUGUUACUGGUGUGGGCUGUCUCUGUGUAAAUAGGCCUACAUGUAUAUCUCUGUCCCUGUCCCUGUCAGUCCUGCUCUUUUCUGUUCUUGUUAUUUAUGUGUUCUUUCCUCCAUCUCAUCAUUUCUGGUUCGUUUACCGUCUUUCAACUCAUUUCAUUAUUUGUCUUUGAGUUCUUUACGAAAAUGAAUAAAGUUUGAUUUAAAUGAA